CUGAGCAAGCCUCUUGGGAUGGAUCAUGGCCAUGGCUGGGUGUUCUUGGUUCUCAGGUAUUUUGCUCAGAGAUGCUUGGUCUGUGAGUUUGUUGAUGAAGUGAUGGUUGUCUUAGCUCAUGAAUAUAUAGCCAGAGAGAUAUGAGCCUUACUAGCAGUUGAUAGGGGACAAUGCACAUGCAAUGUUGGCUCUGAAGGGAGGCAGCCAGAUUCAGAUCAGAUUUUGCUGGGCCAUGGCUUGCUCUUUAGAGGCAAAGGUUGUGGACUAGUGGCUAGGCGAUCAGAUGCAUGCUACGGUCCUUGAUGUUAAAUUGGUAGAAGCAUUAUGCAACCAUCUGGGGUCCAGCUUUUAUGGAUCUGUUCCAUUUGGUUCGGUGUCCUUUAUCAUGGGAUUGGGAGCAACCCGCUGAUUGCAAUCAGGUGAGGUGAAGAGCCAGCGUCACAGGGAAACACUGCAUAUGAUGGCCAGGAGCCUUUGCUGAGUAGAUGCAGAGUUUGCGUCACUGCUUUUGGUUAUGUACUUUGCACUUACAGCUGCAGCUGCAUGCUAGGUGAUUGUUGGCUGGUUUAGCAGUGCUUUGAUUGCUUCUAAUCUAGCAAGUUGCUUGACAGCUCCAUAUCUCAUGGUCUGCAUGAUUUCUAGCAUCACAUGUGUCAGCCAUUCCCUUGUAUAUUCUCUGCAUUUUCCAAUGGGCCCACAACUAGUUGCUAAGGAGACCAGGUUCAGCCAGAAAGUCCAGUCCUGGGGCUUCAGGGUAUGGCAUCGAUUCCAUCUCUACAGGGCUGUCAUUGGUUCAAUCCAGUACAUUUUGUGGGGGGCAGGACUGCAUUAAUCCAAGUUGCAAUGCAGGGUCAUUUGUUACUUGCAUGUCCAUGACAGAUUGACAGGGACAUAACCAGUAUAUCAAAUUUCUUUAUGGCGGUGUUCCAGUUCUGCCUCCUGUAUGAAGAGAUUAGAAGAUAUUGCGGUAUUCAUACACUUUUGCAGAAAUGAUGUGAUUGCCCUCAGGUGAGGUGAAGAGCUAGUGUGUUAGGGUACAAUGCAUAUGAUGGAGCCUUUCCUGAGUAUAUGCAGAAUUCACUGCUUUCGGAUCUGGCAAGUUGCUGGGCAAAUUCAUAUCUCAUUGUUCCACCUAUGGUCUGCAUGGUCUCUAGCAGUGCACAUGCCUACCAUUUUCUGGUAUCUUCUUUGCAUUUAGCUGGGCAUUUGAGGAUCAUGCUGCAAUGUGAUGCAUACUUGGAUAUCCAUGACACGAACAUAACUAGAGGUGUCAAAUUUUAUUUGCAAAGCACGUUUUGAUGAGCUCAUGCUGUGUGAAAAACCUGUUUCUGAACAUCUGCAGAUUUGCCAAUUCCGACCCGAGUAUAAUUCGAUGGUUUUAUCUAUAGUUGAACAAAAUGCGGUAAUAUCCUACAGACACCAAAGUGCUGGCUAACUCCCAGAUGAGGCUCGGCAUGAUAGUGGCAUGACAUCGCCAUGGAGCUGAGGAACGUGGCCUCCAUCUCCGUGGAAGCGCUUCUCCUGAGCAUGGAAAUGGCGUACUCCAUCACCGAGGCAUCGCAGGGCAGCGUGAUUUUGCCACCAUCGGUGCCUGCGAAGCCGAACUCCUCUUGGGACAUCCGCAAGAGAUCACUGAAGACCGUCAUGCCUAGGAGCGCCAGUGGCACAUCAAACCGCAUGCCGUCAGUCAUGUACACAACGCAGUGGCCCUUGCCAGCCACCGAUGAGUACGAUGUGCCACAUGACCCUUCGGUUUCUUCUUCUGCUGACAUUGAUGACAUCCAGGUGAGCCUUUUCCUUCCUAUGGCCGCCACCCUGUGCCACUUCUUAGCUAACUGAGCGACUGUCUUGGCACUCAUCAUGUUGGCUUCUUGUGUUCCUGGAAAUGGGAGAUAUUCUUCCGCGACUUGGAGAUUCGAAUGCCUUUGUCAGUCAUUGAAGUGGUGGUGUUUGGAGAGCACAUAGCCAUGGAUUUAUUGCUCAAGGGUAAAGCAGAGGUCCACAUAGUGGAGUGUGAUGGUUGGGCAGGAGACAAUCCCAUGGGCACGAUACGUGUCGUGCUGCGGUUUUGGAGGUGCUGUGAUGUGAUCUGGAGCAGAUUCUACUGGGGCCAAGUGUUUGGCAAGUGCCGGAGUUUGAGCUGGGCGUCUGGCCUGCACAGCCGUGGUGAUCGGUUUGCUGAGGAAAUGGCACGUGGACCCCAUGGGGAUCUCUAGCCACAAGCACAUUUCAGACAUGUAUGGUGCUUGAAAAUCUCAUCAAAAUUAUUCAUCACGUUACUGCAGCUAGUUGCAACAACAUUGCAUGCAGAGCACUCAUGGCCUUGUCUCCUGCCCACCGCUCUUGCUGAUAGCUACACACAACCUUCACGCAUAUGCACUGCCCUGAGCCCUCUCUCCCUGUUACUUCUACUAUAAAUCCAUGCCCUGCUCAACACAAAACUCUUCAUCCCAUCUGCAAGCAACAUCACGAUCUACAGACUUUCAGAGCCAGAGUGAAUUUUAGCCAACAAGGAACACAUCAGACUCAACCAUGAUCCAUCCAAAGAAGCUUGCUCAGCUGGCCAAGAAGGGCCGGCAGAUGUUGUUGUCCGCCGCCGGUGCCCGCCGCCGGCAGGCAUCAGACAUGAACGACGACGAAUGCUGCAGCACAACGUCAUCUGUGGUUGCCGAUGAGGGCCACUGCGUGGUGUACACCGCCGACGGAGCACGGUUCGAGGUCCCUCUGGUGUACCUCAGGACGAUGGUCUUCGCUGAGCUCCUGAGGAUGUCCGAAGAGGAGUUUGGCUUCACUAGCGGCAGGGACGGAGGCAGGAUCACGCUGCCCUGCGACGCCACAGUGAUGGAUUACGUCUUGUGCCUGGUCAGGAGAGAGGCCUCCGAGGAGGUUGAGAGGGCGUUCUUGAGCUCAAUUGCGGGGCACUGCCGCAGCUGCAGUGCUAGCUACAUGGCGCCAUCAAUGAAAUCCAGCCAUCAAUUUGCUCUUUGUACUUAGCUACUAGCUUAGAAACUGAAUUUUGGUUAGGACCAAGAGGAGCUCUGUAGAGUCUGAUGUAAAGAUUUGGUUAUCACAGGAAAUGAUACAAAGGAGACAACUUUUCUGUGAAAAA